AUGAAGACUGCGCUUAGUAAGGCUGUUCACAAACCGCUCCAUUGCUCGGGGUGGAUUCUAUUCACCGUUCUACUGCUCAACACUGCGAAGAAGGCUGACGCUUCCUCGUAUAUCAACCCGUCACCUGAAGGUGAGUCGUGGGCUACUUGUGGGUUUGCAGCUGAGCAGCUUGCUGCAGAAGGUAACGGUUCCACGUACGGGUCGUGCUUGGCUUGUGACCCGACAAGCUUCGAAUGUCUGCCCAAGUGUCAGUCUCUCAUCGACGCCAUGUACGAGCAGUGUGACGGUGUUUACGCGCCGCAAGAUCAGUUCUUCGAUCCCGCACACACAGUCAACGGCUACUGGAACGACAACUUUGGCGUCCUGAGAGAGCAAGCAGCUCGAUGCGGAUGUAGCGACGCAGCAAGAAUACGUCCACAGCAAUUAUCGCUGAUGGCAUUCGCAGCAGCAAUGAUAGCGCUCAUGUUGGCGAGCCGUUGACGAUGCUGGCAUCGUAAGUUUCUAGGAUGACGAGUGCGUUGAAAACGUAUUUGCAUCUUU